AUGUCGAAGAAAAGAACAGGGAAAUUUUGCGUUGCAGCGGGCUGCACAUCAACACACAAGGAUAAUGUGUCCUUACAUGAUUUCCCCAAGGAAUCGAAAAGACCAGAUAUCCGUCGGCAGUGGAUUGCUUUUGUUAAAACGAAACGAAAAGAUUUCACCAGUCCCACCCCUCAUUCUGUGCUCUGCGAGAAACAUUUCGCCGUUCACUGCUACCCCAUGGAAUAUAUGAUUAAGAGGUCUAUCGGUAUGGAAGUAAAGAAAAAGUCACUUUUGCCCGAUGCUGUACCCACUAUUCAUCUGAUCGGAACAGUGAAUCCUCUGUUAGGAAAGAGAUCUUCUUCAGAUGUAGAUGCUCCAACAACAUCGCGUCCAUCGCAACAGAAGAAAAUUCGAUCUGCUUUUCUUAAACGGGAAUGCUUUAGGGCUGUGGAAUCUCAGCAAUCACAACAUAAUGAACAUGAACAUGUGCAGUGUAAAGAAAAUGAAUCCCACUCACAGACAGACUGUAUUAAACCAGAUGAUCAGGAAAUUUAUCAGAUUGCAACAAGAAGUAUUGGACUUCAGAUAAGCGAGAGCAAGAAUGUGUCAUCAAAGCGAUCAAAGAGAUGCCAAACUAAUAUAAAAAAAUCAGACAAAGGUAACAAGGGGGCAUGUACCGUAUAA